AUGUCCAUAAGGGUGUGCGUUACUGGUGGCACUGGCUUUGUUGCUAGCCACUUGGUUUAUCAGUUAUUAUUGAAGGGCUAUCAUGUCAAUACUACCAUAAGAGAUUUGAAAAAGAAGGAUGAAUUGAGAGAUGCACUCCUGCAAUACCACAAGGAGAAUUGCACAGAUCCAACUCAACUACUCACUGAACAAGUAUUGAACGAGCGUUUAUCAAUCUUUGAGGCAGAUUUAAUGAAAGAAGGAAGUUUUGCAGAUGUCAUUAAGGGAUGUCGUUUCGUUCAUCAUGUGGCCAGUCCAUAUAAAUUAGAUGUUAAAGAUGCACAACAGGAAUUGGUUGACCCAGCUGUGAAAGGAACUUUGAAUAUUCUAAAUGAAUGUAUCAAGCUCAGACAAGAACAAGCAACGCAUGAUGUCAAUAGAUUACAGAGAGUGAUUAUCACUUCAUCCAUUGUUGCUAUUUGUGAUACUGCUGAGAAGGAUAAGAUCUACACCGAGGAUGAUUGGAAUGAAUUGUCAACUGUUGAUAGAAAUCCUUAUUAUUAUUCCAAAGUAACUUCUGAGAAGGCAGCUUGGAAGCUAAUGAAAGAAAUGCAAACUAAACAUGGACAAGAUUUCAUUGAAUUGGCAACCAUUAAUCCUAGCGGCGUCAUUGGUAAACCAGUUCUUCCACAACAAGUCAACCAAACUCAUGAUAUUGUAGCCAAAGUUGUAAAUGGUGAAAUGCCAGCUCUAAUUGCAAUGUACAUGACCUUUGUAGAUGUGAAAGAUGUUGCUCUUUCACAUGUCAAGUAUUUUUACCAUCCAAAGGAGAACGUUUCAUUUGUUGUGGAGAUGAAACCAUCUCAAUUAGACAAAUAUGUGAAAUAA